CGCGCACGUUCUCUCUGUCCGGUCUGAUGAUAAUUCGCAUCGGUGUUGUUGCACGCCUGCCGGCUCGAGUCUGAUUAAUUCGCAAUAUGAAUUAGAAAUCAACGUGUUCAGUGUUUCUUUCAGUCUUCCUCGAGACUUUCGAUCGGCCGGUGAGACUCUUAAAAAUCCUUCUUCACCGAGACGUUGAUUAUUUCCACGUUUAAUGAUUCGACGAUAUUCUUAUAUGUGUAUCGGUGAAAUUAAUGACACGAUUAUAGUCAUUCAGUGAUCAAAGUUCGAAAAUCCUUAACGAUUCGAAGAUACCGAGACGCGACAAGUAUUCUGUGUAUUUGACAUCGAACGGGAAUUGUUCUUUUAUUUAUUUGUUUACAGUGCUCACAGUUAUUAGUGGUGUAAGUCCAGCAUGGCCACUAAGAAAAUGCUCCCCUUGCCGUAUCCAUAUUCCUUGGAAGAGGAAUUGAAGAAGAAUCCAAAGAUAAAGAUGUCCGAUAUCGAGCUGCUGAGAGAAUGGUGCGAGAAGCAGCAACAUUUGCCGAAACUCACCGAUUUGCAUUUGAUUAUGUUCCUGCACAGUAAUUAUUAUAGCAUGGAAGCUGCGAAGAGCACCAUAGAAAACUUUUUCACUAUAAGAUCCCACGUUCCCGAAUUCUUUGCCAAUAGGGAUCCCUUGGGUUCGAAAGAACUUCGUCAAGCAUUCAAUACCGCGUUUGUUACCGAGUUACCUGGCCUCUCUAAUCAGGGCGAGAAAAUACUUUUUGCGAGCCUCCUACACAAUGAUCCAUUACAUUACUCCUUCGAAGACUGUUGCAAAUACUUUUUCAUGGCGUCCGAUAUGAUCGGACUGAGGAAUGGCACUUGCGAUGGAUACAUUUUUAUCGGCGACGCGUCUAACGUCUCUUUUGGCCACGUUGGCCGAAUGAGUCCUAUGGGAAUGAAGAAGUUAGUGAUGUACGUCCAAGAAGGUAUACCCGUCCGCCUGAAGGGAAUACAUUUUAUCAAUACUCCGUCGGUGAUGGAUCUGAUAAUGAAUAUGGCGAAACCUUUCAUGAAAGGGGAACUUUGGAACAUGAUACAUUUGCAUUCAUCACUAAAGACAUUGGAGGAGUUCGUUUCUCCUGAUCUUCUUCCAAAAGAGAGUGGUGGAAAAGCAAGAUCGAUAAUGCAGUUCAAUGAAGAACAAAUGAAAGAAAUUGAUAGCAAACGAGAGUGGUUUAUCGAAGAGGAAAAACUGUCCAAAGUAGAUGAAUCAUUGCGUAUCGGAAAAAGUAAGACUGCGAAUGAUUUGUUUGGCGUGGAGGGCACUUUUAAGAAACUUGAAAUUGAUUCGAUCAUGGCUUUGGUUCAACCAGUAAAAUAUGAAGACGAGCUGAAGAAGAACUCUGACUUGAAAGACGAGGACGUCCAAAUGUUAAAAGAUUGGCACAAGAAACAGCCACAUCUGCCCCCGAUGACCGAGGCUGAAUUGGCGUUAUUUUUAUAUAGCAAUUAUUAUCGGAUAGAAACCACAAAAACUACUAUUGAUACAUAUUACACGGUGAGGACUCACGUCCCAGAAUUUUUCGCUAACAGAGACCCUCUCGGAGUGAAGGAGUUGAGGAAAUCUUUCCAAACCAUUACCGUUCAAGUUUUGGAUAAAACAACGCCGGAUGGUUACGCGAUUCUUUAUGGGAGACUAAUUGACGAGGAUCCCUCGAAUUAUGUCUAUAACGAUGGAAUGAAAUUCCUGAGCAUGGUAAUUGAUUUAUGGCAACGGAAGGAAGGAACGAUAGCGGGACACAUAAUUCUGUUUGACAUGAAGAACGUUGUGUUCGGGCACGCUGCUCGAUUGAGUCCAAUGGGGUUGAAAAAAUAUCUGUAUUACCUACAAGAAGCACUGCCGGUUCGUUUAAAGGGAUUCCAUUUCAUGAACAUAACGCCGGUUAUGGACGUGAUACUCAACAUGAUGAAACCAUUCAUGAAGAAAGAAUUAUUAGACAUGCUUCAUACGCAUACAACACUGGAUACAUUGUCAAAGUUCCUACCUGUAGAUAUACUACCAAAUGAAGCCGGCGGAAAGGCCGGACCUGUGAUGGAGUUACAUGCAAAAUCAGUGAAACUGUUAGAGGAAAACCGCGAUUGGUUUUUGGAAGAAGAACGUACGAAACGCGUGAACGAGUCUCUGCGACCGGGGAAAGGUAAAUCGGCGACCGAUCUUUUUGGCGUUGAAGGAACCUUCAAGAAACUCGAAAUUGAUUGAAUGCAAUUAUUAUUAAUGAUCAAUAUUAUCAAAGUUGAUCGAAUUAAGCUAUUGUAAAACUGUUGAGCAUCAUUUCUCAAUAAAUCUGUAUUCAAGCA